AUGCUCGCCCUCGACGGAUCCACCCUCGAAGGCGGCGGCCAACUCGUCCGUGUGGCUCUCUCCAUCGCAGCCAUCUGCGCCGUUCCCGUGCACAUCUACAACAUCCGCGCCGGACGGGGAGGGGGAGGGAACUGGCACCACAAGCGUGCGCACAAGAACGGUCGAAGAAGUAGCCAUCAGGGAAGUUUUAACCACAGCAGCGGCGGUGGAGACGGAAGUGACCGAGGAAGUAUCUCCCCGCGGGGUCCGGCGGUGGCUGCAACGAAACCAAAGAAGCCUGGUGGUGGGCUCAAGGAGAGCCAUUUGGCAGCGUUGAUCUGGUUGGCCCGCGAAUGCGGCGCGGAGGUCGAAGGGGGCGAGAUUGGGAGCCAGGAACUGACGUUCAAGCCUGCGCGGCGGAAGAGAGACCGGCCGUGGACUGCGGCAGGGGCCGCGGAGGACGCGGACGUGAUUGAGCUGAAGAAUCCCGGCAGCGUCUGGCUCAUCUGGCAGGCCAUUUUCCCGUACAUUGUCUUUUCGACGCUCCACACGCGCAGUCACAGAGGAUCAGAAGCAUCACCGGCCUUCCGCAUCCGUCUCAAAGGUGGGACAAACGUGCCCAAGUCCCCAUCCAGCGAAUACAUUCAGCAGGUGCUCCUCCCUUUAUGCGAGCGAAUCGGGCUCCCCAGGGUUGAAGUCCAGGUCAUUAGGCGGGGGUGGACGACGGGCGCUGCAGAAAUUGGAGAGGUUGAGAUUUCCGUGUUCCACCCCGAGAAGUCUGGUAAGGACAAUAUGAUGGCGAAGCCAGAGGGCGGUGGUGUGAUGGGAAAACCAAAAGGCAAGCUCAGAGAAGACGAAGUCGACGAAGGUGACGACGCGGGUUUCGUCCUCGCCCCUUUCUGGAUCGCCUCACCACGCCCCAGUACCAUAAGCUCCGUGUCGAUGACCAUCCUGGCCGGCUCCCCCAAGACGCAUUCACUGGUUGAAACCCAGCUCGUCACGGCCCUACGCGCCAUUCCGACCUUCUCAUCGCCAUCUCUCCCUAUCGAAUUGCAUACUUCCUCCGCAGACUCCUCUGACGAACGACGCCUCUACAUCCUCCUGGUCGCACACACCUCCGACGCUACGCCCUGGGGAGAGACUACCUCGGGCCAGGCCGCAAGGUGA